CUAGUGGUUCGGUAACACAUUUUUGCGUUUCUGCACAAGAUUUAAAGAUUUUCCAGACUAACUUACAUCACUGUUCGUCAUCUGCGAGGAGACCUUGACGGGCGGCAACCAUGCAAGCGGACCUUCCCAGCCGAGCAGAAGGUGAGACAAAUUCAGUAUCGGAUCGGACAGGAGAAAGAGAGGCCCGGAGGUGGAGAAGGACGAGAUCAGGAUGCCUGAAUUGCCGGAGGAAGCGGAGAAAGUGCGAUGAGGGAAAACCAACGUGCCUCAGAUGCCGGAAGAGAAGGGAGACCUGCCAGUGGGGGAUGCGAGUCACUUUCCGGGAAGCGAACACGCAGAUGCUGGUGCACAAUUCACGACAGUCGAAUGAUCGGACGCACAAAUCCUUCAAGAUUAUGGACGUUACCUCUGAGGUGAUACGCGACUAUCAUCAGUCUUCUCCCGUCGGUGAAAUUCAGCAUCCUCUACUCGAUCAGGGAUCUGCCACUCCUCCGCACCAUAUGCGGGACCCAGGACGGCGUGAAGAAGAGGCCGGGUGUGACCUACCCAUAUUCAGCACCAGCGCCUCGCAGCCUCCUAACUCCGAUGAUUCUGAGCGUGUUUCAGAAGACCUUUCGGAUGGUCGCGAGCAUUCCAGGGAUUCGUCUCCGAACCAGUCAGGGGACAUGCCAAACACGAGACUAACGGACCCCGAGGGUCGAACAGAGCUGGGUCAGCCCAGCGCUGCUGGGGAUUUAGUGGAUAGCAACUCGUGGCUACAGCAAAUACUGCUCAAAUCGCCUGCCGUGCUCGCUCCUGGUCCAGACCUAGAUGCGAACACCUCCCCUCUGCUGCAACGGUUUCCUGAGUGCUGGGAUUCCACCGAUAUGAGUCGCGAGGAUGGCGUCUUCCAGCCGGGUUCCGACUAUCUCGAACUGCACUCCACCUUGAGAAACCAUCUCAUGCAGGAAGCGCGAUCCCGUUAUCCUUCUCGGCGAAGCUCUACGGACGGCCCGGGUCCAGCUCGAACGACUCUCGGGCGCGACGGUUUCACUACGGUCCCGGUUCUACCGCUCAGAGAUUACGAAGAUUUUAGCCAGAUCUCCAACGAUCAAAUUCCCGUGGAUCUGCCCAAGGAUGUGGAGUAUAUUUUGUGGAAGAACUGGCUGGAAGAGAUCGCCCCAUGGCUGGACAAGUUUGACAGUCAACGCCAUUUUCAAUAUACUCUUCCCGUGGUGGCACAAUCCCACGACCACCUCCGGUACGCCAUGUUAGCCGUAUCUGCCCGCCAGCAAGAGCAGAAAGACAAGACAUUGCCCAUUGAGCGCAGUUUAAUGCUCUACCAUAAAGCGAUCCAGCUUCUCCUCCCACAGCUUCCAACGAGAUCCACCGCUGUGAUCGGGUCCUGCGUGGUCCUUUGUGUGCUGGAGAUGCUCAGCUGUGCCCCGAAGGCCUGGCGACGGCAUCUCGACGGAUGCGCGCACUUGAUGCAAGCAGUGGGUAUCAAUGGCUUCGUCGGAGGUGUUGAGCAGGCACUCUUUUGGUGCUUCGCCCGGAUGGAUGUAUGCGGCGGCUUGAUUUCCUCCAUCAAGACACUGAUCCCGGUCGACCAUUGGGCUUCCAGGAUUGACCUCAAUACAGACAUCGGACUCUUUCAGUCCAUGUCCGCAUUUGAAGCCUGCGCAAACCAAGCCGUCUACCUGUGUGCGCAGACCUUGGAUCUCCUGGCGCCAUCCCACUUGCUAGGACGAGGGGCGAGUGCCCGGUGCGGCCCCUGCGACAUAGCCUACGUGGAACGAUGGUUGAAGCUGUGGCGUUACAUGGAAGACUGGCAGGUCAAACGGCCAAAAGAGAUGAAACCGAUCGUCAACUUUCCCUCUACGGAUCCAUUCCCCACGAUUCUUUUCAGCAAUGCAGCGGCAAUAUCCGGAAAUCAGCUCUAUCACACCGCGGCAAUAUUACUGUUGCAGUCCAAGCCGGCCAAUAUACGACUAGACCCGAAGCCACGGUCGAUCCUGUGGCAUGCCCGCCAGAUCUGUGGCAUCUCCAUGAGCAAUGACCAUCACGGUGCGUGGACCAACUCGAUCCAACCGCUGUGGAUUGCCGGCCAAUGGAUGAGCCACCCGAGCGAGCAUCAGGCAAUUCUGGGAUUACUUGAAAGAAUCGAACAAGAGAGUGGCUGGCCUACCAAGUGGCGGGCGAUCGAUCUUCAAGAGUUUUGGGGAGAUUUGUCGCAAUAAUGUCCUUUGCCAUCCGGUGUAACUGUCGAAGUGUAGCCGGACAUUUAGUGUUACAUCCGAUUUAAGCUAUCCACCGUACGCUCCGAUGUGUCCUUGUGCAAGGCUUACAGAGUCCAUCGAGGUACUUUUCUGCCUCCUUAGUGCCAUCCCUUGAUGAACGAGCAGAUGUCCUAGGGGGUUAAAACGAAGCACAAUAAGCUUUUGGAAUUGAAUUGACUAUAGAGUGCAAAUUGCCUUAUAUGUUACAUCCGUGAUUGUUAAUUAAUGGCGCACCGGGUUCAAGUCCCUGAAUUCAUCUCGCAAGCUUUCAAUCCCGUCGCGCUGAACCUCGUCCACGAGCUUUGCCACCUCUGGUGCAAUCACAUGCUCAUCGAAU